GGGGUAACUAUCCCCGUUUCAACACAUCAAAACAAACGAACGAUAUAAACGCGGGGGAGGUGCCAAGAAGUAGCCUUCCUUCAUCACCUCAUCUGCCUUAGUUCUCACGUAACAAAAGUUGGAAAACCUACCUACCUACCUUGUACCUCCCUGCCUUACCUCAACUUCCACUUGCCGCCACGUCGACGUCCAGCUCUUCCGGGCAUCGCAUCUUGAAAAGAUACUAUAAGACUAAAACCGCCUGCCUGAGAAAUAGUGACAUUCGCAGCAAGAAGGAAGAUGUCCAAGCUUUCCCCCUCUCUCAAGGGCCUCAUCAACGCGCCCUUUGCCCGUCCUGGUCCGACGCCGGCGCCGCGCAACAUUGAGGCCGUCUACACCAAGAUCGCAGAUGAGGCUCGCGAGAGGAAAUAUGGCGAAAAGCCAUGGCUUGCGCUUUCUGCAGCAGCAACUUUCACCCUCAACUCGCCCUCCUCCUUAGGACCCCUCCUCACACUCGCCUCCUCCCGAUGGCCUUCUUCUUCCUCAUCUUCCUCCUCCCCUUCCCCUUCCUCUUCCUCUUCCCCUCCCUCUUCAGCACUCCUUGAACCCGCCGAAUUCAUCCGCGAAAUCGGCCUCAAAUGCAUCUCCUUCAACGGCAUCCCCCGCACAAUCAACACCCUCAACUUCUUCCGCGCCCACCUCUCCUCCGCCCACCCCCAGCUUUCAUCCCACCUAUCCACCACCCCGACCCGCCAAACCACGCCCUCAAACAUUUCCUCCGUGCACGCCCGCGGUCGUCAACUCUGGGAAUCCAUCUACACCCCCCUAGACGCCAAACUGGAAGCCAAGCUCGCCGAAGCCCACCCCGAUUUACCUAAUGGGUUGGACAGUAAAGUGGGCAGGAGUCUGACGAGCGUGGUGGCCAUUGCGUGUUUACGUGCGCAAACGGGCGUGGGGCCGCAGGUGUUGUCGCAUGUGUUUGGACUUCGGAAGGCGGUCGAGCAGGGGGCGCAUUUGCACGAGUUUGCUGCUGCUGGUCAGUCUGGUGAGGGGAGUGAAAAAGGGGAAAAGGAAAGGAUAAGUGAGGAGGCGGAGGGGAUUGAAAGAUUGGCUAGUGAUGAGGGGUGUGAGUGGAUCUUGAGGAGCGUGGAUGCGAUUAGUGAGGCGAUGGCGGCGGCGGCGGCGCAGGAUGGGAACAUGUACGAGGGAGGGUUUGCUACGCCGAUGAGGAAGAGGGAGAGUAAGCUGUGAGAUAUCCAUGCUGACUUGAUGUUAUUUCGACUGAUGAUUUGAUUCUGAACUUCCGUCCGGUAUAUAAACCCUUUCCCAAGUCCUAACCCUCAACACCGAGAUACGCAGCACUGGCGGUCCAAUGGAUGAGUGCUGUAACGGGAGCACACUACAAACUCCAGGCGCCAACCCUUGGCCGGGUGGCAGUGACAACCUGAAGGGCAAGAUCCUCACAAUUAGUUGCCG